AGUGUGGAUAUCAUCCUUAAAAGGAGAGGAACCGUUCCUGCAUGAGUGUAUUUGUGUGUUUUGUGACUUUCCUUAUGUUUAGGGUUAAUGUUUUUGGCCCAGAAGACUCACAACUUACCCACCACCAUGAGCCGGACCACCUUCUUUGAGGUAAGUCUAGAUAUACAGUACGUAUCAAGUUGCAGAAUUAGAAUCAUUUGAAUACAAUACAGUACAAGAACUUUAUUGAUCCCCAAAGGGAAAUUUGAAGGUUUGUAUUAUAGUUUUUGAUUGAGAGUUUAUAGUUUUGCAUUUGUUUCACAAGGCCUUGAGUUAGAGACCAGCAUCUAUCAUUAUUUAGCUCACAUAAAGUUCAAACUACCUACUUCAACCAUUACAGUAGCAAUAAAAACUCUGAAUAAUGAAAGUGAAUUAAUGUCCACAUGUUGAUGCAGAAGUUCAGGAAGUGCAUGAAGUAAAAAACUAAAUUUGUGCCUUUUAAUUGAAUGUCCACCUGAUUUGGGAGUGUUUCAUCUCAGCAGCCUCAUGAGGAAACAAACUUUCAGCUUCCUGACUUUUCAAAUCCUGCAGAAUUGCUCUGAAGUGUCCAUGGGGUUUAUAAAGUAUGAUUUUCAGCAUCAUAAAAAACUAACUGAGCUGGAGCCCUUUCAUGAUUUCCUCUCUGCCCUCAGUCUCGUCUCACAGGCCUGAUGAGCUCUAAUGAAGAGGCAGACGAGUAAUUCUCUGUAAGUGCAGGAGGCGUAUGAACUCAGGAAGAUUUACAGCAUGAUCUGGGAACUGAGCCAUGCUUUCAAUAUCUGUUACAACAAGGCUGCAGGCCAGGAGGGCAGAUAUUUGGACGGUUAAUGAGGAAAGGGUAGGUUUCUUAAGGUUGAUGUUGAAAGUUUAGAUGAAUAAAACUGGUUGUUUGACAUCUUAACACUUAAUAUGAACUUACUUUAGCGGUAUGGAUGGAAAAAAUGGGAAGCCUGGCUUUUGAAAAAGCCAACAAAAUGCUCCUACCUGUGGAGAUGCCAGGUAUGCAAAACAAAUCAGAUCUGUUGGGAUAAAGUCUACAACUGUAUUGCAUGAAGUUUCGGACACUCAGGCUAUCAAAAUUAUUUAUUUACUCAUUAUAUAGAAGCAGAUAUAAUCGAACUGUGCAUGCAGAGGGCAAAUAAAGUCUUAGCUCUGUUCUGCUCCCAGUGUGCAGCUCACAAGCUUCAAAAUGUCCUUGCUGUUUUGCAGACAGUUUUAAUUUUUACUCCUAGUGACUGAACAUCAUUCAGCGAAGCUGUGUGGCAUUACCACUGAACGUCACACAGGUGUUAAAUGGCAAGCCUUCAAUGGCCAUUUAACAUCUGAACCACCCAGUGAUGGUGAUUCUACUCCACAUAAUUCUGAUACUCUCUGUUAUUUUAAAGGCAUGGUUGACGAUUGGAGAAGCAGUUGAAAAAAACUGAGCCGUUAAGGUCGAUUUGACAAAAAAAAAACUCCCACCCAAACACACCCAAACCUCUUCCCUCUAUGCUCCACAAUAACUCCCCCCAAAACCUGUAUCGCCCUCCCCAUGACACAUCCCUUCUAGCAGAGCAAGAAACCGGCCGGCAGAAGAUCUUUCACUAGCUUCAAGUAGAAUUCACAAUGUCAGAUUGCGAGUGACUAGUGGCAGUAAACACCAGCUCCGCUAGCGAGCACCAUCAGCAGCUGCCUGGACAGCUACCAUGUUGACAUUUCAGAGACUUAUAAGAGUUAUAUGUGUAACAUGUGCCAUGAUUAGAGGCUAAAAUUACCUGUUCAACAAAAACUCUGCUGUCUCGGUGUCUGUUUUGAGGCCCAAAUCCUGGCAGAGCUUUCUCCACCGCUCGAAGGAUGACCCGAUGUUUAUUCGAGUUGGAUUCCUUGCUUGGUCACCUUUCCUCUCCAACUCUGCCCUUUCUUCUGUCGGCUUGCGUUUUCUUUCCUCUUUUGGCGGUGGGGCAAGCAGAAGAGUUUUUUUUUUUUUUGCAUCCUUCUCCAUCACAGCUCCUGUAACUAAGCUGCUACGCAACUUUUAGCUGCUCAGAGCUCGAGGAGGGCUGGGAGAGUGGGAGGGGAUGAGUUGGAACUACAGGAAAGGGGUGUAUCGAAUACAGCAAGGUGAUUGGCUGGAGAGGCGGAGCAGGAGAUUUACCAAUAGGAGAUGUCCAGGAUGGAUGGUUCCCAUUGGUCAAUGUUUUUGCAGCCCUUCACCUGCUAGGGCAGUGUUGCCAACCUAGCAAUUCAGACCCCCCUAGCGACUUAUUUUCCAAUCUAGCAACUAAAUGCAGGAAUAGAUGUUACUCUUCUCAACGGGUAGCCAGCAUGCAUCAAAAACACAGACACUCAAAUACCCUGCGGAAGAUUCCGCGGGGGGGUGUCGGGGUGGUUUUGACUGAAAAAUCAUGCAAAUUGCGCGAUGAUGUCAUCUAGCGACUUUCCUCACUGAGGAGUUGGCAACACUGUGCUAGGGUGAACAGAUUUUUCCAUUCUUUUUUCUCUUCACUUUGUGGAGAUCGCACUAUAGGAUCAUGACCGCCAUAUAAACAAGGUUUAUAAAAAUUACCAAUCAUAAAGCAUGCCUUUAAAAGCUAAAUCAGUAAAAACUAGAAAUAAAAGUUGACUUUUUUUCUUUUUACCUAUAACCAAUGGGAAAUGUUUCUCUAUUGUUUAAAUGUGUGCAUGGAGAGGAGGUAAAAAGUAAACCAUGAAUAAGCAGCAUGCAGAGGGUCAGAUUGGUGCCCAGAUGAUUUCCCUAAAAGAUAAUCUCAGUCAAGGUUGUGUCACUGUAGAGCAAAAAUGAUGACAGCAAAAGCCACAUUUAGAUAAUCAGCUUUAACAUUAUCAUGCUCAGAGUUUGAACUAAUGAUUUAGGGGCUCAGGAUCAGCAAUUAAAUUCAUCAGCUCUCACUUUGAGAGGACUCAUUACAGGUGGGAGACCUCUUCAUUACUCUGAUUAUAAAAGCAGUUAUGCUGAGGGAGAAAAAAUAAUAUUUUAACUUUUACCUGAAGAGUCGAAAACUCAUUUAAACUGCUGAAAUUCCCCUCACACACACAGAAAGCCCUCGGAAAUACUCUCAGGCACGUCGGCACAUGUUCAGGCUGACCUGUGCUGUCAGCAGAGCCCUGUAUUCCUCUGAGAGGACCACAGCGCCUGAUAAUCAGAUUUACAAGGGCAUCGCACAUCCAAACACACACCAUUUUACUACACACAGCCCUGAUGACACCCUGGAUGCUCACGAUGAACACACAGAUGCACCAACAUGUGCCAUGAGAAAAAAGCAGGGGAGGUUAGCAGAUGGAAGCCAAAACAAACCAAUCUCCCAGGAUGCACUUCACUGAAACAUCAGAAUGCUCUGGGAUCACAUCCUGUGGAGCAUGACAACACUCUGCUCAAAGACACAGCAUGAAAUACUCUCUCUUUAUAUCUGGAAUUCUCAGAUGGCAAAUUUACAGUCUUUAAAGGUAAAAAUCUCACCUUUCGCUCCUUGUGAAUGUCAACAGUAAAAAGUACUACUGGAAAAUGCUACAACUCGCUCUUUGUGUUAUCAAGCUGAACUACAGUAUAACCAACCCUCAAAGAAAUAUAGCAAAGUAAGCUAACACAGCCCCUCUGCUCAGGUCUGCUUGUUGCCUGCUGGGUCCUCAUGAGAUUUUUUUCCAUCCCUUUAUCUUAAAGAGUGAGUAUCAUCUGUAGAAUGUAUUAUCUGUAGAAUGACCCUCACACAAAAAAAUUCAUAUUAACAUUAUAGACAUAAAAAUACAUAAAAUAAAGCCCCAUAAAAUAAAGUAUAUUCACACGAGACACAAAAAAUACAUACUUCCAGGUCUAAUCGCUUAUAAUUUCAAUCCUUCUUCACCUAUAUGCAGUUGUAUAUAUGGCAAAGAAGAUAUUUACUGUUCCAACUGAUAAACUUGAUUAGUUUUCUGCAAGUAUUCAUUUUGAAUUUGAUGUCUUCAACAAAUUUAGGACAGGGUCAACAAAAGAUUGGAAACAGAGAACUGUGGAUGAUUUUACAGGUGAUACAGGCCUGGAACACUUUCACAGUGAUGUGAAGUAGUUUUCUGGUUUUGUGUUUUUGAUAUUUUUGAAUUUGCAUCGAUUUUGCAGUACGCCUCUUUUUAGACUGUUUGGGCUGUUGCAGAUUGGUUGUCAGCCACUGUGUAAUUGGGUUAUGAAUAAAACUAAAGCAGUUGCUCAAUUAAUCUCAUGUAGGUUAACCUGCUGCUGACACACAGAGAAAUUGUAAUUUAAUUUUCCAGAUCAAAUAACUUUACAAAAUUGUGUUUUUGAAAUGCAAACAGCAGAUGGUACAUGCACGGAGCUCCAUCCCUUUGUGUGUGUGUGUGUGUGUGUGUGUGUGUGUGUGUGUGUGUGUGUGUGUGUGUGUGUGUGUGUGUGUGUGUGUGUGUGUGUGUGUGUGUGUGCGUGUGUGUGUCUCUCUCUCUGUGCCUGUGCACUCAGCAGAUCUCUAGGUAUCCAUUAGCAGGUUAUUACACUGUCCGGUACAGGAACCAAUUUAGCGAGGACAGCUCUGCUGAGUGGCACAGUACGGAGUGCUUUCAGGGCAAAUUGUGGGCCGCCACCCGCUGUCCUGCAUGCAUAUGUCGUAUAUCACCACUGACACAGUCUAAUUAAAAUGAAGAAGUUGUGAUAGGAGAGCAGCAGGACAACAACAUGACCACUUCUUUCCUUUGAAGCUGAACCAGACUCAUUAUGAGAUUACUGGACUCAAUCAGAAAAACAAAACACACAAUUAUUUAUAUAGAUCGUUUUAUAAUCCAUUCAUAAUGAUAUAUUUACACAGCCAGACAGAGGAAACUGAGCUGGAGAAUCAAUGUCUCUAAGGGCUGAGUCCUCCAGGAUAAAGUACUUUGAUAUAUGCGAUAUUAGAGACCUACAGUAAGUCACAGAGAGGACAGGGGUGUAUAAGCUUUGUCAGAUAGUCAUGUUUGUAUUGAUUUACAACAGGCAGAGUCUCCAUAACUGUGCUUGAAUUCCUGUAAGUUUCGAUCACAUUUCCAGCCAUCCACUUCUAAAUAAACAAAAGUUUUACAGCCUUCGCUGAGAAAGUCUGGAGAGACGUCCAGCUUUUACUGAGAGUGGUUUUACCGCUGAGACAGCAUGAGGAGACAGAGCCUCUUUAAUUUGUGAAUGAAAUUCACUCACAUUAAUGGGUGUAAAAACUGAUAACCUGCUCUUUUUGUCUCUUCAUCAGGUGAAGAUCCUGGAUGCCAAGACCAAAGAGCAGCUCUGCUUUUUAGAGAAGGUGACAUGGAAGCUGUGUUGAGUUUUUACUUCUGGGUUUUGUCUUCUUUAGUUCUGUAAAGGUAUAUUUUGCACAGUCCUCUUCAGUGCUUGUUUGAGCUCCUUCACUUCACAAAGAUGAAUUUCACAUUUCUCUUAAAUUCAAACUACCAGGUUUUGAAUCUUCAUUAUCUUGAAGAUUAGCCCCUGGAGUUUUUUAGUUUUUGGUUGUACAGUCUGAGUUUUAACAUGUUCAACCUGUCACUACAGCAAUAUCCAGGUAACAUGCUGCCUGUCUGUAUUUGCCUCAGGUGGAGCCGUACUUGACUAUUGGAGACAUCAAGAGCCUUUUCCAUAAAUCAUGUAAGUGUAACUGCAGUUUUACAACAGAGAGGGUUCCCGUUUAUUUUAUCUUUAUCUUAGUAUCUUAUUAUCUUGACCCCUCUAAAUGAAUAAGCACAUCUCUCAGGGCCUGAUGCUGUCAGAGCUGCAGAGUUUAUAUUAUUUCUUUGUGAUCAGUUGUUACUGGUCCUGACAUUAAACUCUGCUCCAUCCAACCCUUUGUGUCUUUGUGAUCAGAUCCUCAGUGGUAUUCAUCGAGACAGGCCCUGAAGCUUGACCCCAGUAAGUAGCCAUGUUUAGAUGAUCUUUUGUAUAUGCACAGUGUAAAAAAAUUUGAUGCAGCACGAGAUGUGGCUCCAUAUGACCUUAAAUGUAUUGUUUAUGGGUGGUGGAUACAGUACGAAAAAAGAGAUAGCUAGCAAGCUUUGAGGACCCGAGUCUCUGGACAUGGAGCACUGCGAUUACUUCAAAACUCAAAGCUCAAAUUAUUAUUAUACUUUAAAAAAGUUUAGAUAGUAUGCGGAAAACAAUCUCAGGGGUCUUUCCUGAAAGAUGGCCAGGGGUGGCAUCAGCCCACCUUGACAUUUUCUGUUAAAUCCAGAGUUUAAGUUGUAAUAUUUCAAACCAUAAUCCUGCAUAAAUUAUUUCUACCAAGUCCACAAUGUGCUGUUUCUUUGCAACUGUGAAGCACUUUCUAGUACCGUCUGAUUUCAUUGUCCUUACUGGAUGCUACUGUAUGUUGAACUCAGUCCAGGUGGUGUUUUUAGAUAUUAUUAGUUAUAGAUGGACCGGGCUAGUAAGUAAGCUGUAGCUUGUACAAGACAUCGAGACUCACAGCACACAUAAUGCACAAUUAUGAUAAGCUAAUGAGGGCAAAAAACUCUCAUUAUAUUUGUGUUCCUCACAGUGUUUCCAUUAUGCUUUUGCAGCUAAGUGGUUACUUAAACUUUGAGCGCAAUCUGCCGGUUAAUAUACCGUAAUAUACAGUAUUGCAUUAAACUACCUCUCUGCCUUUCAGUGAAUUGAUGUAUUGGUCCCACAGGUAUAAAGGGCAUAGCUUAUAUUAUUUUCUUUUAAAUAAAAAAGGUAUUAAAAAUGUGUCUAACACACUGAAUUUUGUGGUAAUUGGUAUAGUAAAGUUGUAUCCAAUCUAAUCUUCCUUGAGUUAUAUUCAUUUUACUUUGCCACUGUACAAAAAUAACCCUAAAGCUCCUCUACAGAGCUACAGUUUCCCUUUUUGUUUACCUAGAGAAACACAAUAUCCAAGCUGAAGGGUUAAAUCAACAAAAUAGGAACCACAGUAUGUGAUUUUAUGUUGCAAGGCAUUUCUGUGACUUUGGACUGUGAAAGCUGUCUCACUAAGCAGCAGGACAGGGACUCCAGGUGGAGAGCUACAGUAUGUGGGCCACCUCUCCCUUGGGACGUGCUAAAAAUGUCAUCCAAUUAGUUCGACACAUUAACUGUGUCUCUGUCUCCAAGGGCUGCAAGGGGGGAGGACGUGUGCUGAAAACCUGAUCAUUCAAAAAUACUGAAAAUGGCAAGUUAAACCACAGAGUCCUGCAGGUGACAACUUAGAUUCAAACUAAAGAUGCAGAAGGAACCAGGGUCUUAACUAGGUUCUGGGGCUUCUGAUCUAAAAGAAGUCAAUAAUAGGCCACAAGAACCAUUUAUUUCCUGGUACUUUUGACCCAAAUGCAUCUUAAUUAAAACAAAUCUCUCUGAUGGUAACUUCUGCCUAUUACUUCUACUUAUGGGCUCUAUUUUCGUGCUUCGCCAGAGACAUGGCGCAGGCCGACAAGGCGUUCCCAAGCACAAUUUGGUAUUUUGGUGAGCGGCGCAGCCCGGCGUAAGUAUCCCCCCCUUCCUAACUCAGCUCCUCCCAGCGGCGUAAGUUGUAGCGAGGGGGGAGAGAGGACGUGGAGUGGGUUUAUCACAGCUGAGACCUGUAUUGACCAAUAACAUAAGCUCCUCUCCUCGCCUUUAAAUACGCCACCGGCGAGGCGUAUUACUAUUUUCGUGAAGUAGUCAAAGAGAUCAAGAGAUGUCUGAAGACAGUAAUGCCACACGAUGGCGACAGAAGGCAGCCCCUCAACAAGUGUCACUGUAAGCGCUGCAUUGGGCGUCCUCCACACUCUCUCAUAUGAGCCCAGAUGGAUUUGGUGUGUGUAAUGUUGGACCCACUGGUAAGACAAACACCCUUUUCCACAAAUAAAGACACUCACAUAAAGUUGCACAGAUUCAAACCUCACGUGACAAAGGUGUGUUGUGCACAGAGAUCACAUCACAUUAAAAUUGAAACCAUCUGUGCGUAAUGACGCAUCGCGCUCCGUGGCUGUGCUCUUUCUUUCAUAGAUGUUGGCAUAUAAAAUAAAUUUGGCUCACAAAACUGAAUAUUAUAAUAUUCAUAUGUAAAAAAGUAAAUAACUCAUCUGAUCACUAAAACAAAUCAUCUGUUCAGCUGCCGCAGCAGCAGCUACAGCAGGACGGGGAGAGGACACAGAGACGUGUCCAGGUCAAGCUGCGCGAGAAAUAAGAGGAAGAGGAAGAAAGAAAAGGAGGGAGACAAAUUACAUAUCUUGUUAACUUCAUCAUGUUUGUUUAUUUACUAGAUAUUUAAUUUCAUUUAAUGCGGUUUCAGCUGUGUUGAUUCAGUCAGGUUGUGUGUCCAAACACAUGCUAAACAUGCUGAUCAGAUCAGAUGUAGAUUAGAAUAUAUCUAUAUAGAUCUAAAUGUAUGUGCUGACUCAGAUUAUUAGUUGUUGAUGAUUAUUUAUUGCACUGAAAUGUGCCUGACACUGUGGAAACCUGCUGGUGAGGCAUCGGUGAUGUAUGCCAGUACGCCGCAGGUCUACCAAAAAACCACUAGACCAGCUGCGCUCCACCUGCGCUGAAAGCUGACUAGGUUUGAAUCACGAGGUUACAGCGCACUUUACACACCCCCGGCAAGCAUGAAAAUGUCACUGCCGCAGCUGACUCUGUUGACACCUCCCUCUGCCACGCCACCACGCCCAGCUUGGCAGACCUCAGUGCGCAUCAGUCCAAGAAAAUACCAAACUGGCUGUACGCCGGGCUCCGCCAGACAAAAAUACCGCUGCGCGGGGUCCGCCACCCUCCGCCGCCUCACCGGCGGGCACGAAAAUAGAGCCCUAUAUUUCCAUUUCUCAUGAACUGAGUACAUCUUAUUCCUUUCCAGAGGACAAAUCCCUCAGAGAUGAUGAGAUCUUACAGAAUCUACCAGUUGGAACCUCUGCCACCUUUUACUUCAGAGAUCUUGGUCCACAGUUGGGCUGGACUAUGGUGAGAAAAUCAUGAAUACACUUACACUGAAAUAGUCAGACUGGAACUCAUGGCUUAUGCGUUCCAGUUACCUCGGAAGGCAGAUGUCGAAGCUGGGAAUGAUGUUACGCCCAAGUUGACAGCGUUCCAAUGAACAAGUCAAAAAACCAAGAUGGGUGCCUGCUGUUAGCCGUUCGUAGCUGUUGUUCACAAUUGUCAGUUGUUGUUGUUAGCGGUUGUCAGCUGUUGUUAGCUGUUGUUAGCUAUACCAGUUGUAAACAACACAUAACAGUAUUUUACUCUACAAACGCCAUAGCAUUGUGUUCACAGUUAGAUGUUGGGCAGUACAACAAAUAACACUUAUUUAAUUUCAAAAAACAAAACAGAAGUGCUAAUAAAUAAUACAUUACGAGAGCUUUCAAUGUUACUCUUUUCUGUUGAUGCAUUGCGCUGCCAUCUUGGAUUAUGAUGUUGUCAUCAAGUCGGGGUUGGUGAGGAUCAUCCGAUUGUCCUAGUCAGAAAACUGACUUCAUGUCAUGAUUGUAAUGCUGGGUGUGGUACCAUUUAUGACCAUGACCUAUUUGAAAUGAACUGCUCUCUUACUGUGAUUUUUAUUUUCUGUUCUGCUUAUUUGCACAUCAGCUAGAGUAUCUUAUCUCAUCUUACUUAAAUUCAUAAAUAAACAAUAUAUAUAUGACUACCAUCACACCUCACUUGAUUCCUUCUACUUUGUUUGUUUGUUGGCAGGUGUUUCUGGCUGAAAGCGUUGGGGCUCUUCUCAUCUACCUCCUCUUUUAUUUCCGGGUGCCUUUCAUUUACUCGCACAGAUACACUUCGACCUCCAGCUCCAAACCUGUUGUCUCGUAAGUAGAGGGAAAAAACUUCAACUCUAACAUGGUACUGAGUGUUGCACAGGAUCUUAAAAUUUCAAACAUAUCACUAUCCAUAAACUGCAAUACAAUACUUACUCUGAGACUGAGCUGAAAAAUGAAGUGGAGCUGAGAAUACAGUAUUUGAUUUAUUUCAAAUUUUUCUUACAAGGUGUAACUUCAAGAUAUUUUUACUGCUUCUUCAUCCUUCAUCUGACUUCAUAUGUGAUUAUAAAUUACAUUACAUCUUUUCUGCAGUUAAAGUCAGAGCCUGUAAAAUGAAUCCUGUUAAAGGUCCACGCUGCAGAGAUUUGGGCCUCUAUAAUAACCACAAAAACUAUAAACCAUGCUGUAGAGACCGCAUGUUUUUAGGAGCCUGUUUUACUGGUAUUAAUCUGCUUAUUGAUUCAUGAUCUCUUGCAUUGAUAUUAGAUAUUAGAUAUUAGACUUUUUGACUAUCAGCAUCUGGUUUUUGUUUGUUUUUAGACCUGUUGUGUCCUAAAAUACACCAAAGCUUCUCUGCAUAUGUUUAAAUCAUUGUUCUGUUCUAAUAUUUACAGUACACUACAUUUGUGUUUCAGGUUAAGUUGUUGCAGUAACCCAGUUUGACAAAGAAGGAUUCAUUUCAGUCUCUUUCCAGAUAAAAUCUUAAGUAGUUUGUAGAUAAGGUUGCAUACAACAUUAAAAGCCCUUGAUUCAUGUUCAUAUUUGACCUUUUCCCACCCUUUUGUCUGUCAGGCUCGCCUGUGUCUGUCAUACCUCUCACUAUGCAAAGAGAUUGAUCGAGACGAUCUUUGUGCAUCGUUUCUCUCCUGGGACCAUGCCCCUCAGGAUCAUAAUCAGGGUGAGGACGUGACUACCCUUGAAAAGACCAGCCUCCGAAAGCGUGCUCACCUUUUUUUUAUUUUUUUAAUUACAAAGUGUGGCCUCUUUUCUCUGUCCCUCACCAGCGGUUUUGUUAAGGUUUCAGCCUGGGGACUUCUUCUGAUGCAGAAACCUGUUUUUGAGUGUCUCAGACCUCAGUGUGCUUAAGAGGAAAGGAAAUUUAAAGUCGUCUAUUUCUAGAUUUAGUCAAUGAAACUUAAUCAAAGGGGAAUGAUAGCUCAAAAACUCAAGUUUACCUGUGGGAAAAGAUGCAUGAAUUUCUGUGAUUACAGGUCAUGUCAUAAACUAGUCUACAGAACAGGGAGGACUCAAAAUGCACGACACAGACUGUGACACAAGAGAGAUUCUGUACAAGAGGUAAAUAGGUUGUGAUUAGACACAGGUGGGGAGACAUAAUCAGGGACCAGGUGCACACAGACAAGACGGGGGGAAGGGCAGACAGGAACCUGAAACAGACAAUGGUGAGUGUCACCAAAAUAACACAGGAAGCGCAAGAGAUGAAACAUGAAGGGAAAAAUAAAAUACUUGACAGACAUGAACAGACAUGACAGGCCAAAAGUUUGGGUGUUUUAAACACCACUAUCUUGGAUUUUUGCAGCCUGAAAUGACAAGAUUUGGACCAAAGAGAGGAACUUCAAAAAUGUGUACAGUUAUCCAACACUAAGCAAUCAGCUGACUGACAAAAACAAACCUUCAACUAAAUAUGCUGAACAAUAAAAAUCCAACUCCUCAGAGUCUUUUUGUACAACCAAAUACUGGAUAUUCAAUAUUAUUGUCACCAUGGUAGAGACAUGUCAACAACAGGCAGCUCCACCCUAAAACUCAUGCUCUAUUUAUUUCUAAACAGGACCUGUUACAAAGUAGAAUUCAUGCCAAAUUAAAGAUGACCUGAAUCUAAAAAGUGCUGGCGUGUGGAGUGAGCUUGAGCACUUGAAUUGGUUUCUGAGUGUUUCACUCUGAUUUUACACCAGUUCUCAGGAUAUAAAACCAUGAUAAGCUUCUGUAUACCCACAGACUGUAGUGUCCAAAGUGCACCAAUAUGCUUUUUGUUUUAUACCUGAACUGAUACACCUUCAUUGUUCUUGUUUUUCUCUCCCAGAAUUGUGCCUAUUACUGGGGUUUCUCAGCUUGGUUGGCUUACUACAUCAACCACCCUCUUUAUACACCUCCAUGUAAGAAACACACACUGACACACUUUCUUGUCCUUGAACCACAUAUAAACAAGUAUUAUUUUUGAAGUCUGACUGUAGGAGGUAAUGGUAGGUGUAUUAGAAACACAAUGAUCCAUGUCAGCUCUGCCCCUUUGUUGAGAAACUUUUCCAGAAACAUGAACUGAAGCUAGACUAUCAGCUGCUGCUCUCUUAUGGAGGACAGCCUUGAAAAGCCUACAAAUAUACUGUAUAGGCCAACGUAAGUGUUGGGGUCAGAGUUUGUUCAAGCAAGGAGAUAAAGCUGACCCUGUCUGCAGGGGUUCUGGUUUUCCUGCCAUUGUAUUAGCAAAGAGGCUGAACUGACCAAGAUCCUCUGAGGGUCCAAACAUGACAACUACCAAAUAUAUAUCCACACUUAAAUAAAAAAACUGUCACUUUAAUAGGAUAUAUCUUCCUCCACAGCAUAUGGAGAACUUCAGGUCAACUGUGCAUUAAUCCUAUUUGUGGUAAGUAAGCUUUUUGUUGGUUUACGGUAAAAUCAGUUUAAAUUCACAGUUUAUAUUUCAGUGAAAUGUUUAUUUCUGCUGCAGAUGUGUGAGCUGGGAAACUUCUCCAUUCACCUGACUCUAAAUAAUGUCAGAGGAGAUGGUGAGUUAAGUUUUUCUGUAAACUUUUUUUUGUAAUUUAAAGCCCCAGGGUGUAAAAUUUAGAAGGCUCUCAGUAGUAGAGAUUGACUGUAAUAAAUAUAAAACACAUGUAAGUCACAGUAGAAGCAGCAGUAGUUAAUGGUUGUCUUAAUUACCUGAUAAUGAAAGAUGAUUGUUUUUAUCAGGAUCCAGAUGCCGCAGGUUUCCUGUGCCAACGAAGAACCCCUUCACAUGGCUGUUUUACUUUGUGUCCUGUCCAAACUACACAUACGAGGUAUUUCACAGGAUUUGAAGUGAUGUGCUAUAUAAAAAAUAAAUAUCCCCCAUUCUUGUGCUUUUACUUCUGAAACUGAAAAUUUAACACUUUGCUCUAGGUUGGAGCCUGGGCCAGCUUUUCCAUUAUGACUCAGUGUCUCCCGGGUGUGUGUAGACAUUUUCUACAAGCAUAAAUCCACUGUUAGUCUGAUAACUUGAGCUAAAAUGUGAAUUAUUUGUUUGCAUGUUUUUGCAGUGGCCUUGUACACAUUGUUGGGCUUCAUUCAGAUGACGAUCUGGGCCAAAGGGAAGCACAGAGCCUAUAGCAGAGAAUUCAAGGACUAUCCUACCCAGAGGACGGCCAUCUUCCCUCUGAUCCUAUGACAAUGAAAAAAUACUUUCCUCACAAUUAAGGAGUAUAUAUUCAUUAAUGGAAACUAUUUUUACACUCUGCAAAGAAAUACCUGACACUAUGCAAGUAUUUUUACAUCAUCUAUGAGCUGAGCCAGGUGGAAAUCAAAGCAAUAAAAUCAAAGCAAUACACUUCAUCAUUCAAACCUUAUUGGAGAUGUUUUUUUCUUAUAAAUACUAAAGAUACUUCUAAUUUUAUAAUGACUCUGAUUGUAGUUUAGCGUUAAUGAGAUGACAUAAACCUCUAUCUCUUCACUAUGCUGCAUUUACAGGCAAUUAAAUGGAAUGUUGAAAAUGACACUGUUUUUUUGUUUGUUUUUUUAUGUGAGAUUGUGUUGAUGACAGACAGGCAGUCUAUGGUUAAUGACUAAUUUUUUGCAGCCAUAUGUUGCCACAUGGACAAAGGUGGCGCUCAUUGGAAGCAAACGGGAAGAAACAAUGAAUGUUGCAGUUUGAUGUCUGCUACAUUUCAUACAGGUAUUCACUAAAUUCACUCACAAAAACAAGUGGACUGCCAACUUUUUAGAGAGUAAAUUUUGAAACUACUUAAAACUUCAUUAACUUUUAUGUCACCGGGUGUAACAGCUAGUGCUGCUAACCCAUUUGUACCUUUGGUCUUCUGUCUCUUUGUGCAUUUCAGCGGAUUGCAACCCUCAUUUACCAUGUAUACUGCCACCUACUGGACCAGAGUUUAGGAAAGGAUCCAGUGGCCAGGAAUAAACAGGGGCAAAGUAUGGGAGAAUCAGAAAAAAGCUGAUGAAAUGUAAUUGUUUUGUGAAUUUAAUAGGAAGGAAAAAUGCAUUCACUAAUGACAAAAAUCACUCAGCUCUUUUUCUGAAUUAGGUUUUGUUGUUGUUAUUGUUGAUGUUGUUAAUUUUUUUGUAAAUUAAACCUUUGUUUCCCUGUUUUUUUUGGGGUUAAUGAGUUAAUCUUAAAUUUUGGAAAUAAUGUCAGAUUUUUUUUUAACAUGAAAAAUUCUCAUAAUUCUAAGAUACCUUUGGGGUUUGUCCAGUAAGAGUGGAUUUCUUUCUCAUUUUUGUAAAAACAAGUUUCUUGUAAUUCUGUAUUUCUGAGAUAAUUAUCUGGUAAUCCAGAAAAACAGCAUUUUUUUCUUUUGUGAGCCAUACUAUACAGACAAAUAAAGAAAUAAUCUUGUCUAUCUCUUUUUACGCUUGCCAUCCUCUUUCAUAGGAAAUAAACAUUUAAAUAUAUAAAUACUUUAAACCAUUUUAAAUUUGCUGAUUUAUUAGAUAUUCAUGUCUCCCAGUUCCCACAACCUGCCUUAAGGUCCAGUCUCGACCUGCUCUCUCACCUAUGAUUGCACUUUGAAUUUUUACCAGGGUCUGAGGAUUUGAAGUUUAUUGCUGCCUCUCAGAUAGGGAUUUGUAGUUGCAUUGUGUCUUUUAAAUUUAGAUUUAACAGAUUUGAUAUCCUGAGCCAGAAAAAAAACAAAAUGUACAACAUGAUGAAAGCUCAUUUCAGACUCAUCAUUUAUGUGACAGAGUGCUGUCUGUCUUUAUUGACAGCAGGUGCAUGUGAAACAAGUCACAUGAAUAUGAAAAGAAAUACAUCAGCACAAAAAUAUCAAAGACCCCUCCCAGAUUUUUUAACAGAUCAUUUAAAAACAGAUGCAUCAAUCACAUCAAUAAAGUGCUAAGACUACAUUCUUCUUAGUUCUUUAAAAACUUAACAAGGCAAAGAUGUAUUUUGCUUUGCAUCUAAAGCAAAAUACUCAAACUCUAUUGUUACCUCACUUAUCCAUCACUUAGGAGUAGAACUCCUACUACAUUCAGUUGCAGUCUUGUGUAAGGCUGAAGAGGUAAGAAGAUAAAAAUUUAACAGGCACAUUAAUUCUUCACAGUCACUGGAUUCAAAUCUCUCCAACACAGUUUACCAGCAGUUUUGUCACAUGACAAAUGACAGUACAGUCCCAUCAAAGUGGCUGCCUCCUUCAUGGACUACACUUUAAGGCAAAGCACCUUAUAAUGGAUCGAUAAGGGCUGCAAAAGGUCUUCAUAUGGGGAACACAGGAAUCCUCUGUGCUUUUAGAAUUCCAAAACAGCUUCUGGUAUCGCUAAAGACCACAUUCUUAUUGGUUAUUCAAGUUCUACCACCCAGUUUUCAGUCUUUUAAUGUGCACACCUUCAGUCUUCCCACAGAGUUCUCCUCAGUAAGUUCAUUUUUCCACUGAUUUGAUGGGCAUGUGUUCAUUGUAUCGCUGAGCUCCUGCAGCUUUUGGAUGAAGCACGAUAGUGUCAUCCUCCCUGGACUGCAGCUUGGCGAAACUCACAAAAACCUGCGGAGAUACAGAAAAAAAUAGAUGAUGACAUGUGAGUUAAAGGUGGUAGAGGCAGGAUCUGAAUGAAGACCAGUUUUUAGGAGAAAUCUUGAAAGUAAACACUACCCCUCCCCUCCGGUUUUCCCCUCAGCUCCUCCUCUCCCUUCCCUGUCUGCUCCAGCAAGCCCUGCCCACAAACAGACGCUUGUGUACGCUCACACUUUUCAUAAUUUUGAUUACACAGGCAUCAGACAACACAGCAAUAUCAUUAUAUUCGCAAGUGUCAUCAAUAACUAAUAGCUAUUGACUGAUGUUAAAAGCUUUUUGUAUACACCACAAAAAAGAUGCUUCUUUAAUGGAUUCCUGCCUACACCACCUUUGAUAGCAUUUGUUAGUUCAGUUUAUAAUGUGAUAUGUUGUUCCCCCUCUCCUCAUCUCUGAAAUGUGUCAUUUUAUUUUCAAGUUAAAAAAAAACAAAGCUGAGGAAAAAUCACACUGACCUGGUCUAAAGUAGUCUGUGACACAGAGUAGUCCUCUAUUUUCAGCUUGUCUUUGUUAGCCAGGACUUUCUGAAAGAUCUUAGCAAGCGAGGAGGAGGAGAUCUUGUACUGCAGCGUGUUGUGGUGUUUCUCUCUCUGGAUGCAGCCGGGAAACGUGCUCUCCAUGAACGCUACUGCAGGGUUAAGGUCUGGGGGGGAACCGGCUUUAGCUGAUUUGAUCUUCAUGGUCACUACGUAGCCGUCACCAAACCUAAAAAUCAAAGAUAUCAUAAAGCUUUUUGUGUUUUGUUUUCAUUAUUCUAUAAAUGUCAUAUUUUACAGUUUUUACAGGAGUUUUACAGGAGUUUAAUAUCAGGAACAAGUAUCCUGACUAACUUGUAUUUGAGAUGCUGGAUGGUCCCCAAACAUUUAAAGGAUCCGUUAACCAUGAUAGCUAAGCGGGUGCACAGCGCCUCACACUCCUCCAUACUGAAAACACAAAGGACAAAGUUCAAACAUGAGCUAAUAGGGAUGAAUUGAUGUGCAGACAGAGGAGAGUUAACCUGUGUGAGGUGAGAACCACGGCUCGUCCGUCCUGAAUGACACUCAUGAUGGAGUUCCACAGGAACCGCCGGGACAGAGGGUCCAUACCUGUGGUGGGUUCAUCCUUUAACACAGAAAUAUAAGAAGAGUAAGCACACCAGUAUCAGACAGAGACACCAAACAUGACAGUAACCCUCUCUGUGAUUUUGCUCACCAGCAGCACCAGAGCUGGACAGCCAAUCAUGGCGAUGGCUGUGGACAGUUUCCUCUUGUUCCCUCCACUGUACGUCCCAGUGCUUUGCCCAGCGUACUCAGACAGACCCAGCUUCUGGAUGGCCCACUCUGCAACCUGAGCAUGAACAGGAUAAGUCAUACAGACAAAUCAAAAAGCUGCUUUACUCAUAAAUGGAAACAAAAUUAACAAGUUUAUAACUAUUUUUAAUCCUCUUUACUACAGGGUCCCUGACUCAGAUUAAUACUCAGCUGUGUUAGAUUACUGAUUUUGACUGGUUAGAACCAAAAAUGACUAGAGGAACAGAAAUAUGUUUUUCAGAGCUAGAACCACCCACAUUAACAACCUGCUUGUCUGAACAUGUAUAUAAUAAAGCACUUGUAAUGUACCUGAUAAAGUUUUGGAACAUAACAUGCAUCAAAUUACAUCUUAUUAUUGUAACAUAUUUUUCAGGGCUGCUUAAAACAGUUAAAAAUUAUUCAUUUCUUUGCAAAACUUAAACCUCACCCUGGUGAUCUCGUGCUCGGGGACUCCUCGAAGUCGUGCAUAAAGGUGCAGAUGUUCUCGGCCGGUAAGCAGCUCAUCUAUAGCGUCAAACUGGGGACAAUAGCCCAUGUUCUGGUGGACGUCCAGGAUGCUCGUCAAAAUGCUGAGAAGGGAAUAAAAAUGAGUAACAAAAGUAGAAAUAAAUGAAUUUGAAUUAUCUUAUUGUCCUAAAAUUCAAAUAAAACAACAUCUAAAAGCAAAGUAAUAAGGGAGAGUGCUGGGAGUUACAGUCAUCAUGAUUCAUAAAUACAGAAAACAAGAUUAAAAGUUUUACUUGCACUUUGGGAACUUGGGGAAAAAAAGAACACAUUACAAACCUGUGACCAACCACUGAGGCCUCUCCUGAAGUGACAUCGAUGUCUCCAGUCAACAUCUUAAAUGUGGUGGUUUUUCCUGCUCCAUUCACUCCCAGCAGACCAAAGCACUGCAGAGAAACCAGGACAGACAUCAUGAUAGAAAAACAAGAAAUCAACCCAAUUGUUUCUUCUGUGAACCCAUUAAACGACACAAACCUCUCCAGCUGAGACUCCAAAGCAGAUC